AUGGGUAUUCAGGGAUUAUUACCACAACUAAAACCCAUCCAAAACCCAGUCACACUCCGAAGAUAUGAAGGCCAAACAUUGGGAAUUGACGGGUAUGCCUGGUUACAUAAAGCUGCGUACUCUUGUGCAUAUGAACUGGUAAUGGGGGAACCUACAGAAAGGUAUCUUAAUUUCUUCAUUAAAAGAUUUGCAUUAUUAAAAGCAUUUAACAUUCAACCAUACCUGGUAUUUGAUGGCGAUGGUGUACCUGUGAAAAAAGGAACAGAAACGAAGAGAAGAGAGAAGAGAAUUGAAAACAAAGAGAUUGCCCAACGGUUAUGGAAGUCUGGAGAAAAGAAGAACGCAAUGGAAUACUUUCAAAAAUGUGUAGAUAUUACACCAUCAAUGGCCAAAUGUGUCAUAGACUAUUGCAACACAAAUAAUAUUAAAUAUAUUGUUGCCCCAUUUGAAGCAGAUCCGCAAAUGGUAUAUCUGGAGAAUAAAGGACUAAUUCAUGGUAUUAUUUCUGAGGAUUCUGAUUUACUGGUCUUUGGUUGUCGAAGAUUGAUUACUAAAUUGAAUGAAUUUGGUGAGUGCAUUGAAAUUUGUAGAGAUGAUUUCGGAAAACUUCCUAAUAAGUUUCCUUUGGGUCAACUUAGUGACGAAGAGAUAAGAACAAUGGUAUGUCUCUCUGGUUGUGAUUAUACUGAUGGUAUCCCAAAGGUAGGCUUAGUGACGGCCAUGAAACUUGUUAGUAGAAUGAGAGAUAUCAAACGAAUUGUCCUUCAUAUUCAAAGAGAAGGUAAAUUAAAAGUCCCCCGAGAUUUUCUAAAGGAAUAUGAACGUGCAUCUUAUGGAUUCCUAUAUCAACGAGUGUUUUGCCCUUUGAGUAAACGAAUUGUGAGUUUUCAUGAUAUUCCAGAUACUCUAUCAUUAUCUAGUCCCCAUAGGGAGACAAUUUCUACAUGUAUUGGUUCUGUGAUUAACAAACAGACUCAUGAGAAAAUGAUUUUAUUUAAUGAGGAGGAUAUUGAUCAUCAUGUUCAUCUAAAACAGGCAAUGGGAGAGCUAGAUCCAUACGAUUAUAAUAAGCCAUUGAUUAGUCGAGAGAGGGUCCUUCAGUUAAGUUCAAAAUCAGAAAUCAUUACUAGACAUGAUAAUGCACCAUUCAAAGAUGUCACAAAUAUUAAAAGAAAAAGACCUGCAACAAAAUCCAUUGACUCUUUCUUUAGACCUACUACCGGACCUUCGAUAACUGUAAACUCAAAUAAUAAAUCAUAUACUAUGAGUAGUUAUAAUCUCGGUACAUCUCUAAUUCCUAAAUUUGUUGACAAACAAGUUGAAACAGUGAAAAAGAGAAAACUUAUAAAACAAGAUGAUGAAAAUAUUCAGAUAGAGGAUUCCAUUCAGUCUACUAGUAAAUUUUUCAGUAAGAAGGAUAUUAAAAAGAAAGAACUCAAAGUACUUGAACAAAUAAGUCCGCAACACGUGUGUAAUAUUGAUUCAGAAUUAAAUUCAAGUCGUGCUAGCACUAUAGUUGAUAAUAACUUUUCACAUGAAACUUCUGAAGAUGAGUGCAGCACCGACGUUCCUGAAUCGGAAAUAUCUACUGAUAUUCCAAGCUCAUUUCCUCUUAAUAUUAGAGAUAAUCAAAGUGGAAUGCAUUCUGUUUCAAGGAGUGAUACACCAUUAGCAUAUGUUACUGAAGAAAGACAUUUAAGAAAUUAUUCAUUUAAUCGUGCGGUUAACUCUACGAAUAAUUCUUCCAAAAUAAGGGGUAUAUUUAGAAGUGUCACCAGAAGCUCAAGCGAAAUAUCAUCAUUCGAUACAUGCGGUGUAAUCGGGGACGAUGGAAAUCAUCCUGAUCAAGAAAAUAUUCAAUCGAAGGAAUUAAUUGGGGCAUUGUCUAUUAAAAAGUCAGAUGAGUCUGAAAUAUACUUAGCAAGACAGGACAAACAAAUAUCAAUGAUGGAUAAGAUAUAUGGUACUUCUACUAGAGCUUCGGCAUUACAAUCAUUCAGAUAUUCUGCUGUUAAAGAACAAUCGAGAAGAAGAGAUCCCUUAAAAUCGAAUGAUAUUAAUCAAAAAUCUAUAGUUACAAGAACAUUAAAAGCAAGCGCAUCCAUUGUAAAGCCACGUAGAAGAAUGUCAGGAUCUAAGAAUAAUGGAUAUAUUAUGGAAAAUAUUGAAAAUAUACCUGAUCUUCAUACAGAAAAUAAAGGUCUUACAGGAAGCCAUACACCCUGUGAAAUCAAUGUUGAGGAUAGAGUUAAUGAAUAUAAUUAUCAUGAAAAUACGGGAACAAUAGAGCGUAAACAAAAUAGGAUUCAUGUUAAAAUUAAUGGCAAAAAUUCUUCUAUGAAAUCACAGUUAGAUACAUCUAUGCCAUUAAAAAGGUCUGUUUCGUUACUUUCUCAAUUUAGAUACAAAGGGAAAUAA